AUGCCAAAGGACGAGAAACAAUAUCCUCUAUCUUUCAAAAAUAUAGUACCUCAAACCAUUUCUCCUCUAUUCAAACUACCUGGCGAGAUCCGCAAUCUGAUUUGGGCAUAUGCCCUUGCCCCUUAUAACGACCCAGCCCACCCCUACCCGGUUGAUAGACUAUACCGUAGGCCAGACUACUGGGCGCCUCAAAAAUCCGACAUUGCGCUCCUGCGAACCUGUAAAGCCAUCUAUACCGAAUCAUGGCACUUCCCAUGGACAACGUCAGAGCUGUGCUUCUAUUUAGGAGAAUAUGAACACCAGCCUUGGAACGCCUUUGACUCAAGCUGGCGACAAGCUGGACUCCUAGAAGCGAUCUAUGAGAUGCGGGAGGACAUAAAUAUACGGCAUAUGAGAAUUUUUGCACAGUCGGUUCAGUUACAAGAUAGCGAGGAUUUGCAGUAUGUCUUGAACACCACGCAUGCUAAGCCGCGCACUGUGACAAUAACUAUCCGCCAUGCCGAUUUCUCGGGUUGGGAGUGUGACCAUAGCCUGACUCUCACUGGGAAUUGGGUACGUGAAUGUCGUUUCCCGAAAAGCGUUGAAACGAUCAGAGUGGAGUUUGAAAGCGUGGAAAGAAAAAGCGGGCAGAUCGAUGAAAUCGCAGCGCAGGCUGUAGAAAAGUGGGAAUUCGAGAGGCAAGAUAAAAGAAAGUUUUCGGCGAAAACUGUUAAUAUCGAAGGAGAAAUGGAAAUAACGUGGUGGGCAGGAGAGAGCAGUCUCGACGCGUACGGGGUGAGAUGGAUUCGAGAUAUUGGGGAGGAUGGGAAAAUGUGGUAUUUCGUCAAAGCGGUUGUCUGGAGAAUCAAAGCGGAAGGACGAGAUUGGGAAGAGUUGGAGGAGCCAGAGCUGGAGGAUGACUUGGUCGACGACGCUAGCCGCGAGACUAAUAUUGCAUUGUCGGCAAUGGAAUCUCCGACUGAAACACCUACGUCAACGGAUCAAGUCAUGGCAGUACACGAGUUAGAUAUGCUACAGAUAUCAUUCGCACUAAAGUCACUGAAGCUAUCAACCGGUUCCUGGCAAAGUAGCGACAACAUCUGUGGUGAAGGAUUAAGGGAGAUGGCUUCAAUCUGGAAACAGACACAUCCGAAUUGGCUCAGUAGAUUGACUAGGCCAGGCCACCCAGCAAGUACUAUUCGGCAUUACCUUAGCCCGCUUGGUGAAAAAUUAUGCGAAUAUUACGUCCCUGACGAACGGUGGGGAGGACUCGAGCAUCAUGACGAUAUAGAGACGCCUUUGUGGGAAACAAAAGAUCCGGAGCUUCUAGAUUUAGGCGAGGAGCCUUGGCCACUCCAUAAAGUAGGACGUAAUAGAAAGGUUCCCAAGUUCAUUUGGUGA